AUGAAUAGUGUGAGAGGACUCUUGGCUGCCUCUGUAAUCUCUGUCCAGAACUCCUGCUUCGUCUAUCCUGCCUGUCAGAAAUGCUUGUCUAGGCUGAUACUGGAUUCUAGGAGGUUUAACUGUCUAAAAUGUGGCUGCACAGGUGAAGCUAAAGAUGCAAGCUACCGGUAUAGAUUGUCCCUAAAGAUUGCUGACACCAGUGAUUUGUUUGACAUUACCGUGUUUGGAAGUUGCUUAGAUCCAUUCUUUGGGGUCACUGCAGAAGAUCUGCAGAGGUAUAUUCAAGAGCUGUCAGGAGAAACAAACACAGAUGCAUCUUCAGGAGUGUUAGUUCAAGCAGUGGAAACCUGUUUCAUUGGAAAAAGAUUUGUAUUUGGAGUGAAGGGUUGUGCAAGUGAAGAUGGAGGGUGUUCUGCUGCCAGCAGCAUCUUGCAAAACUGUUCCAGAAUUAAUAGAAGUACAAAAAACCUUACAGCUUGCCAGAUCUUCCUGCCAAACGCUGCUGUUGGUGGCUUUACUGUUAUCAGCUACUUCCAUCGGCUCCUGCAGUCAGCAAAAUUCAGGAGCUGUAAUAACAGCUCAUACUUACCUGAUGCAUCUUCAGCUCCAAUAGAUGAGCCUCUCAGUGAGCUCAGCAGCUGGUCUAGCCCGAGCAGAAACUCCUAUUUUCUUCAGUCUAGUGGCAGAGAAAGUUUUCUAGGGUCCUGGCAGCAGUCCUUCAGCCUGACUUCAUCUGUUGCUUGGGUAACAGCAGAAGACUUUCCCACUCUGGAAGUGGGAAAGCCGAUGAGCAAACAGCAUGAGGAAGAGGGGAGCUCUGUCUCUGCAGAAUCAUGCAGUGUAAGCCUCAACAAUCAAACUCUUCGGGAUUCACAGUUUUGUAGCUCUUCUGUGAAGGAGGGGGAUAAACAGGAUGAUAAUGGGUUGAGUUUACAGCCUAGUCAGACUGACAGUAUCUCUGUGACUGAUAAAUUAGAGAGAAUAUCCUCCUCCAAGACUGAGUGUUCACAUGGAAACAGCUCCAGGUUGUUACAACCUCCCUUGGAAUUUGAAGUAAAAAGCAUUUACCCAAAGACUAAUAGUAGAAAUUAUUCUUACCCAGAAGAAUCCCACAACUCCCUUUCUUACAAGAGAGAUGCUUCAGCUUCUCAUCACCUAAGUGUAGCUGGAGUGUCUCAGGAGGACUCUGUGCUUUGGGAUGAGCUCCCAUUCUCAGAAAGCCUAAAUGAAUUUUUAGCCAGAAUAGAAGAUGGCAGGAGUGUUGUAACAUCCCCCAGCCUUGAUGUCAGCAAACGUGCCCUUCCUGAAAGUAGCAGGUUGGGUGUCAAUCUUAACAAAUCAUAUCCCAGGCAAACCCUGGUGGCUGGUGAUUUGGCUGAAGCGAGUGUCUCAGGGAGGUUCUGGCCACCAGCAGAGAAUGAUAGCUGGGAGAACAUACUGAUUGCUUGUCUUCAGUCGAAUGCAAAUCCUCUGAGUGAUGAGGUGUCACAAUCUAAGUCCUCCACUUGUGUUUCAUCUUCAACUGACAAGGAAUGUGGAGCAUCUUGCUUUACCCCUAGCCCUCAUCUACCUGUUCUGUCGCAGUCCUUGCCAGUUACAUCAGAUCCUUCUGUUUCAGAGAACAGAUAUCUGCAGUCCAAAGAAGCAAAUAUUGACAUUUCAAAGUCACCUUGGUCUUCAAUUAGUCUGCAGUGUCCUCUUGAACCUGGAGAAACCUCCUGUUUAAAAAGGAGCGAGACAGCUACUUGUGGGCGUUCUGCACGUGAUGGCUGCAUAGCUAGUGGUGAAAAUAAAGAAAAUUAUUCUUCUACACCAAACCAAAGAACAGAUCUUACAUUCACAGGGGCAUGGGACUCUGAUAUCGUAACUCCCAACAAUACAAGAAGGAUAUUUAAAAGAGAAUUAAAACCAUUGGCAGAACUGUUGGAAGAUACUUUCAGAAGCGUUCACAGGAGGGAGGUGCUGUGGAACAGUAGCCUCUCCGAAGGCAGCUACAAUGCUUCUGCUGAUCUCUUUGAUGCAAAUGCAAGAGAGGUAGCAAAACCUGUAGAAUUCUUUAAAAAAUCAUGUAAUUCUUUAAUACAAGAAGAUAGUUUGACAGAAAAGGUCACAACUCCUGAAUUGGUGCUUUAUCCUGGCGAUGUUCCCUGUAAGAGUUCAAAACCGAGCUCAUCCCUACGUAGAUCCCCUCCUGCUUUAGGUGAGCACAGCACCCCGGUAACUCACUCCUUUUGCGAUUCAGAAUGCAGCUCAGUUAGCGUGCAAGACUUUGUUCCUUAUUCACAGUCAACUCCUAUGACAAAACCUUUCCAGAAACUGUGGCCUGUUGGGGAAAGAAGCUCUUGUGUCACUAUCUUCACCCCUAAAAAUCCUACGAAAAUCCAUUCCAAAUGCAAGCGAUCCAGAUCUCCCUUUCAGAACACUCUGUUGCAGCAGCUGACUGGCAGGUUAGUGAAACGUGAAAGGCCAAGCAACAGGGAGGACAAGGUCAGCAAGAGCUCUCUUUCACAGCAGUUCCUUAACAGCCAACCACCCACCAACUUUGAGGAGUGGAUCCCUCCAUCUGCAAACAAAAGGUUGAAACCAUCUACAUCUUUAAACUUAAAACCAGUUAGCUGGGCUACUGACUUGCAGUCACCCUGUGGGCAGCCUGGCAGGAACCCUAUUGCUGAAAGCAAAGAGAACAGUGAGAAUGACGUGUGCUUCAGAAAUGGGAAAUUAAACCCUGGGAGUACAGCCAGGAUUCGAACAACUCCUGUAUCUGCAGGUGCCACCAAGGCCUCGUUUUUAAACGAUACAGUCCUGGAAACUUGUUCGCCUUCAGAAGGCAAGAAUAUGCCCUCGAGUGCAAAUUAUGCGGGGGGUGUAGUGGAAGGGACAACUGGAUGGUCUCCUGAAUUGUUCUUCCGAGCACGAAGCCCUUUUUCCAAUAAACCGAGAUACUAA